CAGGUCUUAAAGGCCCUGCAGGUGAAAUACGGCAACCAGUACCGGCAGGACAACGUGGUCCUGAGCGGCACGCACACGCACUCGGGCCCGGCCGGCUACUUCCAGUACACGCUCUUCAUGAUCAGCAGCAAAGGCUACCUCAAGGCGUCCAUCCAACCGUUGGUCAAAGGCAUUGUCAAAAGUAUAGACCGAGCCCACGACACCGUGCGGCCAGGGCGGAUCUACAAAAACCGAGGGCGCGUGGACGCCAGCAGCGUCAACCGAAGUCCUCACUCCUACCGCAACAACCCGCAGGACGAGCGGAACAGGUAUGAAGACGACGUGGACAGGGACAUCGUGCUUCUCAAGUUCACCGAUGCGGACGGAGACGGCAUCGGCGUGCUCAGCUGGUUCGCCGUGCACGCGGUCAGCAUGAAGACGACCAAUCGUCUGGUGAGCAGCGACAACCUGGGCUACGCCUCCUACCUGAUGGAGAACCACAAGAACCCCGCGGCACUACCCGGACAG